AUGGCUUCCUCUCUUCAUCCUCUUCUUCUUAUCUCAGUCUCAUGGAUCUCCCUCCUGGCUCUGGUAAUAUCACCAGCACAGGCAGCCACCUGCAGCUCACAGACAUUCAAGAACAACAAGCUCUACGCCAACUGCAGCGACCUCCCCUUCCUCAGCUCCUACCUCCACUGGACCUACAAUUCCUCCAACUCCUCUCUCUCCAUCGCCUUCGUGGCGACGCCGUCCAAAUCUGAAGGCUGGGUGGCGUGGGCCAUCAACCCCACCGCGACCAAGAUGUCUGGGGCCCAGACCCUCCUGGCCUACAAAACCGAGGAUGGAGCCCCAGUCGUCAAAACAUUCAACAUCACCUCGUACAGCUCCAUUGUGCCGGGAAAACUCGCGUUCGACGUAUGGGACGUCAGCGCGGAGUUCUCCAAAGGCACGUUCACGAUAUUUGCCGCCGUCAAGGUCCCGAAAGACGCAGCGUCCGUAAACCAGGUCUGGCAGUUGGGCCCCGCCUUCAACAAGACCUCCGGCUUCCCCGUGAAGCAUGAAUUCGCCCCACCCAAUCUCCAGUCGUUUAGCACCUUGUACUUGGUGGCCAAUUCCACCACCAACAGCACUGGUGGUGGUGGUAGCGGAGCUUUGAGGAUUGGGAGUGGAGGAAACAUGGGUUUGUUGUCUGUUUCGGUUUUGGUUCUUGGAGCUCUCAUUGCUUUCUAA